ACAGGCCUCAGCCACCUCACUCCCCCCAUGCAAAGCUGCAUGUCCACGCGGAGGCCUCAGACCCUACCGCCUCCCCACUCACCACUUCCUCAAAAUCAGCUCUGACCUAAACCAUUUCUAAGUACACUCCUCACUGAUCACAUCGACAACAAGAGCAAAAACAAGUUUUCGACGUCGAGAUGGCCUCGAGUGACCAGAGACCGACUGCGAAUCCAGUCCAAGGCGGCAGCGACGACUCCUUGGGGUCCUUGACGCCCGGGAAGCCGAUGACGUUGGGGCAGCAUGUGCUGGACAAAGGAGCGGAGAUGAUGCAGUCCCUAAAGCCGGUGAGCCAGAUAAGCCAGCACGCGUGCACCUUCGCUCUCUACAGCCACGAUCCCACGCGUCAGAUCGAGACCCACCACUACGUCCACCGCCUCAACCAGGACUUCCUCCAGUGCGCCGUCUACGACUCUGACGGGUCACACGGCCGCCUCAUCGGUGUGGAAUACAUAGUAUCUGAUCGGAUAUUCGAGGCUUUGCCUCCGGAGGAGCAAAAGCUUUGGCACUCUCAUGCUUAUGAGAUCAAAUCGGGUCUUUGGGUCAAUCCCCGCAUCCCCGAGAUGAUCGGUAAGCCGGAGCUUGAAAAUUUGGCCAAAACUUAUGGCAAAUUCUGGUGCACAUGGCAGGUUGAUAGAGGUGAUAGGCUUCCAAUGGGAGCACCUGCGUUGAUGGUGUCACCUCAGCCAGUGAACUUGGGCCAUGUGAAGCCGGAGCUGGUGGCGAGGAGGGAUGCCAUUUACAACAUAUCCACCGAGGCCAUAAGCCACUCGAGAUUGGAGAUCGGGGAGCCGGAGUGGAUCAAUCCGCAGGCGGACUACUGGAAAAGUCACGGCAAGGGUUUUGCCGUCGACAUUAAGAGCACCAAGAUGUUGACGAGGGCACCCUUUCCUUAAAUUCAACAUGCAUGCAUUGCAUGAUUGGGGUACCAAUUCAAGAUGGACCUUGGAAAGAAACAUGUGUGCGGUACUAAUAAAUUAGUGGGUACAUGUAUGUUUUUUUGUAAGGAUCGAACUGUUUAGUCUCUGUGCAGUACUAUUGUAAAGGCAAAUAUAUAAUGUUAAUCUAUAGCUCUUUUGUGUGUUUGUAUAGGGAAUUGGAAAUUGCUUUGUUGACCUAAUA